UCACGCGUGUCCCGGUAGCAAAAGUGAAAUGCCCCGCGAACAAUUCGCCCGUCGACAAUCACCGGACGUCGUUCCGCGACGUCCGACAAUCGAAUUCCAUUGAUGGGCGACUAUCGGUGUUCGGAGAUACGGGUACGACCGCGUUUCGAAAAUGUGCUGGAGCCCGGCCAAAAGUCGCCAGGACGGUGGCGUCGCGACGCCUAACCAGUGAACGCGGGUUAGUCGCCAGUGUACCGUACAAUCGGAACGUACCCCGAUUUGUUUUUUAUUUCUUAACUGGACACGGGACUGUGCGUUGAUUUCGUUUACUUUUUUUUUUUUUUGGACGUGGUGUGUUUAUCGUAUUUGGUGUGCAGUUAUGAGUCACGAUGGUCAGGUGUGAGAAGCGCGGGGAUGGAGAGGGUGCAGAAGUCGAGGCCCAGGGUCAGGCUGGGCAGGCCGGUCAACAUCAAGGAUUGGGAGAAGCAGGGCGAGAUGCUCUCCAAUUGGAACAACGCCCGGCACGACGCCGAUUCGCGGCUCGAAACAGAACUGUGCAGUGGUGAAACGCUUCCAGAGGUGGAGAUAAUCAGCCUCUUGGAGGAGCAGAUCCCGCGCUACAAACUCCGGGCGGACACUCUCACGACCUUCGGCGGUUACGAGAACCAGGACUGGUUUAUUCCCUCACCGGCCCUGCAAAUUGACGAGGCAGAUUUGAAAUUGUCUCCGGAUCAGAUCCGAGAAACUCUGAACUAUUUUCUUCUAUGUAGCAACCGUGUAAGCCAAAUGACAAAAACUUACGAUGACAUAGAAGCGGUUACUAGGCUUCUUGAGGAGAAAGAAAAGGAUUUGGAACUCACGGCCAGGAUAGGCAAGGAACUGUUGCAGACGAACAACAAGCUCGAGAACACGGUAGCAUCGUUGGAAACCGAUUUAAAGGCGGCACACGAAAAACUGACGCAACUCAGCCAUGAAGUGCUCAAGAAAACCGAACUCAUACAGAUCCUCACCAACGACGUGGACGAGUCGAAUUGGGAGGUCGGCCUGCCCGGCAGGAUCAAUCUGGAUCUGAUGCAGAAACGGAUCGCCAAUUUGGAGGAAGAAAACAAGGCACUAAAAUCUGAGUAUUGUCGACUGGCCAAGGACGCUGACAGCAUUGAAGAACAAGAAGCUAGACUGUUGAAAGAUCUUACUGGACAAUUAACUUGUGCGAAUUCAAGCAUGGGUAUCUUGGAGGACGAAUUGGACCGCCAAAAGGAAGAGAAUCGCGCCCAACAUGAGCGCAUUCUUGCCCUGGAGUCCAAACUCUACGACACCGAAAUGAAAGUAGCCAAAUUGCUGGCCGAAAACGAAGAGAUGAACGGCCUGCUGCAGGUGACCAAGGAGAACCAGGGCAGUCUGGCGGUCGAACUGAGCGAGUUCAAGGCCCGGUACUACGAGGUGCAGGGAUUGUUGAGCGAAACCCAAGAACAGUUGCGGAUGCUGCGCAAAAAACAAGCCGGCGCCCGCAUCUCGAUGUUCCCGUCGCUGGGCCAGACGUUGAACUCCGCCUCCGGCAUCGGACCCUUCGACAGUUUGCAGAGCGAGCUGGAGAUGUCGAUGCACUCGGAGUUCAGCGCCGACUCCGGCAUAUCCGGAACCGACAACGUCCCCCAAUACAAAAAGGUGUUCGAAACGGUACGCUGCGCCUCGCAGAACUCGCUAAACAGUGCGGACAGUCUGGGCAGCUUGCACUCGGCCAUGGGCGGCUUCGUGAGCAGCAGCAUGUCGGGUGGUGGGCCGCGCAUGAGUGUCAAAAUGCAAGGCGGCGACAUGCGUCGCUCCUCCGGCUCCAUCUACAGCAGCAGCUCGCUGGGCUAUCCCAGCCUCGACUCCACUGGACAUUCCGAUCAUUCGGACACUGACUACAGCCAAACCGAUUCGGAUGACGGAUAUCCAGCGCCGCUGAAACAAGGCAUUCCUGGAACUCCCGGGGCAACUGAACUCGAAGCCGCAAUCAAAAGGCUGACGCCAGGCGAAGUCCUCGCAAGAAGAGCUAAUCUACAGCAUGGUCCCACUUUUGGAGGUUACGAAGGAGAAACGUAUCUUCCAUUCGGUUGUCGCACCCCAGACAGUCUGAUGUCAACCGGUUCGAGCAACUACCAUGGCUGGAAGCUGCCAGAGAAACUGCAAAUCGUCAAACCGAUGGAGGGCUCGCAAACCCUUCACCAGUGGUCGCAGCUAGCCCAACCAACCUUCGGUGGCCUGUUGGAAGAACGACCUGGCGUGAAAAUUCGCGGAGGCAAAGAACUAGAAGACAUAGGCCUUCAAACGUACGCGCUAAGCGAUUUGGAGGAGGACGAGGAGUACACCAAUCCUGGCAAGAUGUUCGACACUUCGGUACACACGUACACGUACACGAACAGUACCAUCAUGCAUCCAGACGAUGGCACAUUCGUGACGCCCAGUCAAAGGGGCAGCAGAGUCGCCUCCGUCUGUUCGAGCAUACAAAACUCCCCGCCCCAGACACCUAGGGCGCUCAGCAGGAGAAAUUCGUGCAGCACAUUUAGCACCACCUUCGGAUUGGCCAAAAUGCUCAACGAAAGAGGUAUCAAAGCAGCGACACCGUCAGCUUUCAACACGCCGUGCGGCGUCAACAGCUUCACGCCAACGGCCACGCCGCACAACAGCCCUGACGGAACGCCGUGCUCGACGCGUUGCGGCUCCCCCGAGCCCUUCGAAGGCUUCAGUUUGCCGCAGCUCAUCCUGAGCUCGGUGCCGCAGUUCCUGCGUGACACCGUGGGUGGGGGCGGUGGCGUCAGCACAGGCGCCAAGAAGAAGACAACGUUCUCGAAGAACAAGCGAGCCGGCCAGUACAGCAGCAAACUGGACAAACAAGAGAGUCUAGUAGGCAGGAUAGAGAAAAUCGGCAUCAGUAACUUGAUGGGCAACCCCCAUAUGGGUGGAAUGUACGCCCGUCCCAACAUAACCAGCCCCAUGGCACAACUGACGUGCCUUUUGCCAAGCCAACCUAGCAGCGAGUGCACCAGCAACGCCUCCACAAACAUCCGCCCUCCCAAAGGUAAAAAUCCUAGACGUGUACUUGAGGUGAUAAAUUUAACACGGCGUUUAUGUUUUGUAGUACCCAAAACCAGCGGUUUAGGAGUGCCCGGUAAGCCGGGCAGCGGCGCCCUGACGAAGCGACUGGAACAGCUGAGCAAGAGUCGCCAACAGAGGCGGCAGGCGGGCGGCACGACGCGGCCCGACCUCGGUACGGUGGCCACGGCCAAGAAGGUCGUGCCGCAGCCGGAGCCCGAACAACGCGGCGCCACCUCCACCCUGGGUACGCUCAGUUCGUUGCUGUUCGGACGCAAGGGUGGCUUGUUUUAAGGGAAAAAAUUAGGUGCCUAGAUCGUAUGCGGUGUUAAAUAGACGGUGUUACUGAGGGGCGGAUUAGACUGCCCUUCGGUUUACAACAGUAUUUUUUUAGUAGAAUUAAAUUUUAGGGCACAAUUUUAUUGAGAGGAGGCUUGAGUUGCAAUAGGUGCAAGACUGAUAGGGCGUUCCGAACGUUUAUUUAAAAUCUGAACAAUUCCUGUAGCUCAAAUUGAUUUUAGGUGAAAGUUGUAGAAGCAUUUGUUUCCAAAACUGCCGGUUUUUAUUCAACAAACGACGAGUUUGCAAAUAUUGUUCACGUUUUAGUGUUUGUAAAAGAAAUAAAUCUGAGAUACUCUUUAAUUGUUUACGUGCUAUUAUGUGAUAUUUCCAACAAUUUUUAGUUUUGUGUGGAUGUUUGUUUUUUUAUAAACACUAUUACUACAACAUAAAAUCUCUUUGCUUUUAUUUUUUAAUUGUUUUAGUAAAUUAAAAGGCAGCGAAUUCGCCAAGCGUUUGUGUAUACGUGCUCUACAAAAAUUGUAAAGUUUUAUCUCACAGUUAUACGAAACACUUGUUCGUCGCAGUAAUCCGCUCCAAAUUAAUUUACUAAAAUCGUAAAGUUAAAAAGUUUUAGCACAAAUUUAUUAUAUUUUACAUCCGGUGCUGCUAAAUUGUAAAUAAUACGCGUUAAUGUAUAUACAAGAUAUUUAGUUCGACACUUGGUAAUGCAUUUUAUCACGGUUAUAUAUCAUAUUAUUAUAUUUAACACCUAUACAUGUUAAACAUAUUGUUGAAUGGGUCAAAAAGUUACUAACGAGCAUAUUUUUGGUACUUUUUGAUGAGUUGUGAUGAAAACUAAUAAAAAGGUGAUGAGGCCAAAUAAACAUGGAUGUGAGAUUACUGUAAAAAGUAUUUAUUUUCUGUAGUUGUAAUUACAUACUAAUUAUCUAGUUAUUUAGAUUAAUCUAAAGUAAACGAGAUGUAUAUAAAGUUUUAAAACGGUGGCUUACAAGUUGUUUUGUAAUUUUAUUGUUUUAUGAUUUUUAUUUGAUUGUGAGAUCUGCUGGUUAAAUAAAUUGAUUGAUACUUA